AUGCAACCAGGAGAGAGUAGUCUGACCCACAACCUAUUGACAUACCAUGUGGCCUUAACCUUGAGAUACAAAGCAAAGGAAAAAGUCAAAACAGCUGCGAGCAAAUACCAACACAACUCCAGACCCUUUUCCCCUGAUCUAGAGAAGUCAGCCCCGUGUUUUGGAAACCAAACCUCUUUGAGAUCAAGGAAUCAGGUCACAGAAGAAAAUGAAGGGCCUCUCCAGACUGCGGGCCACAUUCUCCUUUCUCUGGGAAGUCUCAGCGUGUUCUCCGGGGUCCUUGUCUUUUUCCCUGUGUUUUCUUCCUCCAAGCUUUGGUUCACUGGAUGGAGUGUGUGGAUUGUUUGUCCCAUCUGGAAUGGAGCAUUGGUGAUCACAGCUGGUGGACUUUUACUAUUGGUCCACAAAGAAUGGACCCAGAGGCACUUGUGGAAAGCCAGCCUCACCUUUGUGAUUCUGAACAUUACGGGAUGCCCAGUUCAUUUUACCAUAAGCUUGGAGUCCGCUCUGCUGGGCCCAUACUGUUUCUCCUCACUGACAGGUAUGGUGGGGGUCAACUACCUGGGCUAUGCUGUUGCCUUCCCUUUUCCAUAUGCAAAAUUCCCAUAGGUCUGCGUGGAUCCGCCCCACUAUGAAGAGUACCACCUGACCCUUCAAGCCCUCGACUUGUGUCUAAGCCUGGUCCUAUUCUGCACCUCGCUGUCCAUGGGCAUCAAGCUUUCUGCAAGACUCAUCCAGAAGGAACACAUGAACAUAAGUUUCAGUAAAGGGGAAGCUGCUGUUUGUUCAAUCCAGAAUGGUGAAAUGGAAGAUCUGCAUAGGAAGGCUGAACCUCUCUCUUUUAUUUGCUGCUGUAUCCUCUCUGACAGUGUCAUCCUGCUGUGGGCACCUGGCAGGUGCUCCAUAAUGGUUUCUGAAUGA